CUUUCUCGACACUCAGUCUGCCGGAGUCUGCAGCGCGCGAAAGUUGUAUGUGCGACGCGUAGCGUGUGUCACACCGGUCCGUACAGGAUAUUUCGUCGGCGUGUCAGUGCUGCAGUCGACAGUUUUUCCUUUUUUCUGUGCAACGUAAUGUGACAAUCGGAACGCACGCGUUAGUUCGUGAUCAAUAUCGAUUCUCGCGAGAUUUAACGUGGAUAAAUAAAUCGCAAGUGUCGAUGUUUUCGGUUUUUGUACUCGUCGAACGCGUUACCACGUGAUUUUUCUCUGUCAAGUUUGAACACGGAAAGAACCGUGUUACUCGUGCGGUAUCAUCGGAGUGAGUGUUUGAUAAUAAUUUUCGGAGUGUGAUCGUGAUUCUUCGAAAUAUACACGAUGCACGCGUUGCGGUGAGAACGGAGGGAAAAAAGAAUUUGAGCGGGAGUGCCUCGUAACCAUUUUGUAAAGUUUCGUGCAUCAGCCGCUGUCUGUGUGUGUCGCAGCUGCAGCGUCCCUCGCGACCAGUCAAGAGAGACAAGGAAGAAAAAGGAGCAAGGUUGCUGGUGGCGGUUACGAUUGACGGAUAGUGGCGAUCGAGCGGGGAGAACGGCGACCACCUUGUAUGGCAGUAAGUGUUUUUUGCAAAGGCUCGAGCAUCGCGACUCUUAUGCUCACUUGAUUUGAAAUCGUGCAUCGCGAGAUAAUUGUAUAAACUUGGUUCGCGAGAAAACUUCAUGCAGGUUGGUACAAUAUUCGUCGCACAAAUUUAGAACACAAUUUUCCACGUUUCUCACAAUUAGUGUCACGCGUACACGGGGAUUGUCGGCAUUUACGUCGUCGAGGAAUCUUCGAGGCAGCGAUCAGGAGCGACACAUUGAUGCGACGGCGAUCGAUCCGUGGACCAAGUGACGAGGCACCGACGCGCCGCCAAGGAAAUCUCCACAGACAAAUCCUCGGGAUGGAGCUAAGAACGGCGAAACUGUUGCUUUACUCGACGCUAAUGGUGGUGGUGUGUUGGAGCCAGGAAUAUUGGACGGCUCAGUGUGCAUCCUCGUGCAAGUGCAGAUGGAUCUCCGGGAAGAAGGCCGCGGAGUGCAUCCGGCAGAAUCUCUCCCAGAUACCUGCCGGCCUAUCGCCCGAGAUCCAGAAUUUCGAUCUGACCGGGAAUCGUAUCACGUACCUGAUGCACGAGUCGUUCAGCCGGGUGCAUCUGGUCAACCUUCAGAAGCUGGUGCUGCGAAAAUGCGAGAUCGAGUUGAUCCACACGGACGCAUUCAACGGUCUGAAGAUCGUGAUCGAGAUCGAUCUGUCGGCGAACAACAUUGGAACGUUGUACCCGGGCACGUUCGAGGAGACUCAACGGCUUAGGGUGCUGCUGUUGAACGACAACAAGCUGAAGGUAUUGGAGAACGGCCUGUUCCAUAAUCUGAAGUAUCUGCAGAAGGUCGAGUUGUCGAACAACGAGCUCGAGCGGAUAGACGACAAGACGUUUCGCAAUCUGCCCGAGUUACGCUCGUUGACCCUGGACGCGAACAAUCUGAGCGCGUUGAAGGUGCAGAGUUUCGACACGUUGCCCAAACUUGGCAGCCUCGAGCUGCACAACAACCCGUGGAAUUGCAACUGCCGUUUGAAGAGAUUUCGCGAUUGGACGAUAGAAAAGAAAUUGUACACGAAACCUACGACGUGCCAGGAGCCGGAGAGCUUGGCGGGGAAGAUGUGGGACGAGAUCAGCAGCGACGAGUUCGCUUGUAGGCCGGAGAUAUUCACGAUCGGGCCAUCCGUGAGGGUCGAGGUCGGCAAGGGAAACGUCACCUUUUGGUGCAGGGCUUCCGGGAUCCCGCGGCCGCAGCUAUCUUGGGUCCAUCGGUCGCGAGUGAUAAACAAUCACACGAGAAGGCACAACGGUGAGAAGAUCUACAUCCUGAAAUCUAACCACGAGUGGCUGAACCUCACGAUACCGGACGUGGCACACUCGGACAAGGGUGAUUACGUCUGCCUGGCGAAAAGUCCGGGCGGAAAUACGGAGAAGAACGUGACCCUGACGAUCGCAGGCGACGCCCUGGGCGGCAAGGACAAUAUAAUCAGUCUGCCCCUCGCCCUGGGCUUAGGUGUGACCGCGCUACUGCUUCUGAUCGUCACCGUAACCCUUUGCGUGUGCUACUGUCGUCGCCGUCGUAUCAGGCACGACGAGAAGAGCCUAGAGGCCGCCUCGAUGGAACACCACGGCCUGGGCGAGCAGGAGAAGUCCCUCAUCACGACCAUAAAUCCCGUGGUGAAGCCGCCCAGGCGGUACGAGGCGCCUUCGGUGACGUCGCACGGCACCGAGAUGACGGAGCUGAAUCGUACAUUGCUCGACAACGACUCGGUCUUCGCUGAUGGUAUCGGUGGCGGUGUCGGCAGCGGGGUGAUCGGCGGCGUCGGCGACGACGAGAGGGAAGAACGAGCGACGCCAGAGCUCGAGAGCGGGACAGGCACCUUAUGCCGCGGAGGAGGCGGAAGCUAUCGCCAGUAUCCGCCCGAUUUGUUGGCCUUCUCCGGGGGCCGGGGCGCAUCGCCAACUAGCCAGGCGUCCACGGCGCCGGACAACACGCGUCUUCCUAGUCAGACGCCCACCACGGCCGCGUUCGGCUCGCCCUCGAACCAAUAUCCGGCCGCAUUCAAGACGUUGCCUCACAACCGUAGCGUAACCCCGUACGGGAUCACGAGCUCCACGAUCGCGCCCGUGAUGCCCCGCCACGGCUACGUGACGAUACCGAGGAGGCCGAGAGCGCCCAGCUGGAGCAGCGGGCCCCCCACCUCGCCCACGGACGGAUUGGAGCCGGUGUACGACAAUCUGGGGCUGAGGACCACCGCGGAUGGUAGCUCGGUGCUGUCGUUGAACAAGAGCCCCGAACCACUGUCCACGAUGAGGAACAGGCCCCUGCCCGGAACGCCGGCCUCCCAUUACGGCACCAUACAACGAAGCACCCCGAACAUAUUGACGAGCAGCCCGCUCGACAGAUCCGCGCCCGAGGGCGCGGCUGAAUGGCCGUCGAAGAUCCAAGACGAGGCGACGGACAGCACGAAUCAACUUCUUGGACAACAGGCGCAACAGCAGCAGCAACAGUCGGGCAGUAGUAACACGCUUAAUAGGAAAGUGCCACCGAGACCACCGCCGAAACCCAAGAAGAAGUCGACGAACGGGCCUCUUUACGAGGACGAGGGUGAAGACGGUACGGAAGUAUGAUCGAUGUACGUCGGCCGGCGAAGAUGAGGCCGCGAGGUCGUGGCCGUGGUGAGCACGAGGGACGCGUGACCGAAGCCACAAUAAACCGGUAGUGCCUUCUCGAAGAAACGAUCUCGGGGGAUGCCGAGGAUCGUCGAUUUAUUAUUCGGUUGGAGCGCGUUCGGAGGCGUCCGGCCGGCAAAUGGGCUGACGAACGAGCGUGCGAGGGCUUCCACAUCCGGUGAUGAGAGAGGGAUCGUCGGGUAGAUCCGCCGACUCGCCGG